AUGGCGACAAUAGGAGAUUUCGACCCACUCAACUCCACCGUACCUGCUACAAAGAUUGAAGUCACCGUCUCCUGCAGAAACCUGUUAGACAUGGACACCUUCUCGAAGUCAGACCCGGUGGUGGUGUUGUACCUUCAAGGCCUGGGGACCAAGGAAUGGAGAGAGUUUGGCCGGACCGAGGUGAUCGAUAACACGCUGAACCCCGACUUUGUGAGGAAGUUUGUCCUUGAUUUCUUCUUUGAAGAGAAACAGAACCUUCGCUUUGAUGUGUACAAUGUGGAUACCAGGAGCUCCAACCUUUCAAAACACAAGGACUUCCUGGGUCAGAUGUUCUGCACGUUGGGGGAGAUCAUCGGCUCGACCGGAAGCAGGCUGGAGAGGACGCUCUCUGGGAUUCCCGGAAAGAAGUGUGGAACCAUCAUCUUCACAGCCGAGGAGCUAAGUAACUGCCGGGACAUAGCGACCAUGCAGCUCUGUGCCAACAAGCUGGACAAAAAGGAUUUCUUCGGCAAGUCUGACCCUUUCCUUGUCUUUUACCGGAGCAAUGAGGAUGGGACGUUCACCAUCUGCCACAAGACUGAGGUGAUCAAGAACAAUCUGAAUCCUGUUUGGCAGUCGUUUACCAUCCCUGUAAGAGCACUCUGUAAUGGAGACUAUGACAGGACAGUGAAGGUGGACGUGUAUGACUGGGACCGAGACGGGAGUCAUGACUUUAUCGGGGAGUUCACUACCAGCUACAGAGAACUGUCCAGAGGCCAAAGUCAGUUCAAUGUUUACGAGGUUUUAAAUCCUAAAAAGAAAGGCAAGAAGAAGAAAUACAUCAAUUCAGGGACGGUGACCUUGCUGUCUUUCAAAGUGGAGUCAGAAUACACAUUUGUCGACUUCAUCAGAGGAGGGACACAACUCAAUUUCACAGUGGCCAUAGACUUCACAGCAUCCAACGGGAACCCAUCCCAGCCCACCUCACUGCACUACAUGAGUCCAUACCAGAUGAAUGCAUAUGCCAUGGCUCUAAAAGCUGUAGGGGAGAUCAUUCAGGAUUACGACAGCGACAAACUCUUCCCAGCAUAUGGCUUUGGAGCUAAACUUCCCCCAGAUGGCAAGAUCUCUCACGCCUUCCCCCUGAACUCAAAUACAGAAAACCCAAACUGUGUGGGGAUCGAAGGGGUGCUAGAGGCAUAUUUCCAGAGUCUGAGAACAGUCCAGCUGUAUGGUCCAACCAACUUUUCCCCAGUCAUCAACCAGGUGGCUCGAUGUGCGGGAGAAGUAACUGACGGCUCCCAGUACUUUGUGCUGUUGAUGAUUACAGACGGUGUCAUCUCAGACAUGGAUCAGACCAAGGAGGCUGUGGUGAAUGCAGCCUCCCUGCCCAUGUCUAUCAUCAUAGUAGGAGUGGGCCCUGCUGAGUUUGAUGCUAUGGAGGAACUGGAUGGGGAUGAGGUCAGAGUUUCCUCCAGGGGGCGCUUAGCUGAGAGAGACAUCGUCCAGUUCGUUCCUUUCCGGGACUACAUCGACCGCUCAGGCAACCAGGUCUUGAGCAUGGCCCGUCUGGCCAAGGACGUCUUGGCCGAGAUCCCCGACCAGCUGCUGUCCUGCAUGAAGAGUCGAGGGAUUGAACCCCGCCCCCCCUUGCCUGUCACCUCAGAAUCCCCCUCAAUGUCCACCACCACUGCAACCACCACCAAGGAACACAACAUGCAUGCCUGA